AUGGAUGAAAUGGAUUGGUUCGACAUGGACCUCCCUAAGGCAGAAGUUUUAAUACUAAACUUCUCGUCCGAUAACUACGUCUUGCCACCAUUUAUUGGUAAGAUGGUUGAACUCAGGAUGCUCGUGAUUAUAAACAAUGGCAUGACUCCUGCACGUCUACAUGGCUUCUCUAUCUUUGACAAUUUGGCCAAACUGAGGAGUCUCUGGCUCAAGAGAGUUCACGUCCCUGAACUCUCCAGCAGCACCAUUCCACUGAAAAAGCUACGCAAGAUGCAUUUGAUCCUUUGUAAGGUCAACAACACUUUUGAUCAGACAACAUUCGACAUCUCCCACAUCUUCCCAAGCUUGUGUGAUCUCACUAUCGAUCAUUGUGAUGAUCUUGUGGAACUAAACUCCAAAAUCUCUGGGAUGACUUCUCUCAAGUCUCUAAGCAUAACCAACUGUCCCCGCAUUACUGAGUUACCCAAGAAUCUGAGUGAUCUACAAUCCCUUGAACGCCUAAGGUUAUAUGCUUGCCUCGAGCUGUUAUUCCUUCCCGUCGAAAUUUGUGAGCUGCCAUGUCUAAAGUACGUUGACAUUUCACAGUGUAUCAGCUUGAGUUCUCUUCCUGAAAAGAUAGGAAAGCUAAGGACACUUGAGAAAAUUGACAUGAGAGGAUGCAGUAUAUUGGAUCUACCAAGUUCUGUAGUCGCCCUCGAGUCUCUACGCCAUGUCAUUUGCGAUGAGGAGGCUUCGUCUCUGUGGGACAAUGUACAAAAAAUGAUUCCGGAACUUUGCAUUGAAAUCCUUGAAAAAUGCUUCACCGUGGAUUGGCUCGACGAGUAG